UUAGAAGCAGGAAAAGUUCGAAUUAUGCAUUUGUUGGGGUUAAAGUACAGAAACAUUUAUGCAUAAGCAACGAGAUACUCUUUUUGAUUCCUUUGACAAUAUUCUUAUUCAGAAAAAAACGUCCCCUUAACUGAAAUCAUAGUUGUUUGACAUGUUUAUGAUUGUCAAGCGGUGACAAAUUGACUCUUUGGAUUUAUCCUAACAGUGAAGCUAUAAUCACUUGAAGUUUGACAUCAUGAAAGCAAUUCUCAUCAUWAGUUCUUUACCAGACAUUCUAUUCAUCUGGGAAGAUAAGGAGUUUGCAAGGCAUAUAAAUAAAGUAUUGUUUCAAGCAAGCUAUAUUGAUGACAGACAAGAUAUGUCAACACUAGACCAUAGUGCAAUGGCACAGUAUUUCUCUCCAAUGAUUGCAUCACUGACAUAUAUGAAUGGCGUGGGGAACCCAUACUCAUCAAUAACCUGUAAAGAUGGUACUAUAUUCAUCUUUCAACAGUAUAAUGGGAUGACCUUUGUGGCCAUUAAUGGAGGUAAAGACGAGUCAGAAGACUUCUUGAAGAGAAAGUUAACUGUUGUACAUCGGUUAGCUGUCAUGCAUUAUGGAGCUUCUUUAGAACUUCUUAAAGUAGAGGUACCAUCRGCUCGUAAGAAAGCCUGGCAGUCUUUUGGUCAACUGAUUGAUGCAUGGCAUCUAUUGUACACAAAGCAACAGAGCUUUCUUGUUGAGGCAAUAGAGCUUAUUCAAGUCAAUCAAUCCCUUAGUGAAAUGGCUGUAGCUUUACUACGUGAAGCUGUUGUGGCAACAGUAAAGAAUAAAAAUGAACAGAGUGCAGUCCAUGGCUUAUUACUAGUGAAUGCAAAACUGUUUGGUUUAUAUUCAAGUCGCAAUUCAUCAGAACUUCAAGCUUCUGACGUCCUCAUGAUWACUGUCAUUGUACAAAAAAUCUUCCCACAUUGUUCUCAUGCCAUCCCGUCAUCUAGUCCCAGGGCYCCUCCACCUCUAACUAACUGCGUUUUGAAUGGAGGGCCUUCCAUGUCUCRUGGCAUUGUGAACGGUACCCUACCUAAGWCCCAUCAUCAUGCAUCUUCAACUCCAAUAGCCAUCAAUGGGGCAAGAGAUCARGGUAGACAAAGUAGCUGCUCUUCAAAUGAAGAGAGGUUUUACUCACCACCCUCCACCCCCCCAAAUGAUGUUUUGAAACCCAUGACAGAAGAAGUGUUUUUCUCACCAAAAGAAGGCUCACCAAAAAUGCCUGAGGAAAAUUGUGCUCCAAAACAAGCUACCAAUUCUGAAAGUGAUUCUAACAGCUCAGGAGAGUCUARGGAGGUUAAAAAUGAAUACUUCAAACAGCUAAUUUUCUUGAAUACAUUGCAAUGUCCAUACACACCUCAYGUGCUGCACCUUGUGCACAUUGCUACUGGUAUUGUGYUGGUUAUUGUCAGYGAGGUUAAGUACAGCCCAAUUGCAGUGUCAAUUUACAAUGUCCUAAGUGUAUUAUCGCAACUAGAAUCUGACGACAAAAAAGCAACACCACAACAAGCAAGUUCUACCAUUGAGAGAUUGGAUAUGGACGUCAGAAAAGUWACUGAAACGCUGAAGAAUGCAGUGGGGACAGCAUUAGAUAACAGRCUGCGUAAAGUUCGGGACAGCUGGAAGAUGGUCAAACAUUCAGAUCUCUAUGGCUUCCUGACUGGUCAAGAACACGAACUUCCACCAGGACUUGAYGCAGCCGUCAAUGAAAUGACGCGCAGUUUGAAGUCAUUGUUUAGUGUGUUAUUCUUAACGGGAUCAUUCAACGACGAUGGCUCCAACGAUCGAAAUAUCCAAACUAUUUGCCAAAUACGAGACAAUAUYAGAACACGACUUAGUGACUAUGAAGAUUAUUUACAGGUCAAAGGAGAAAGAAAUGUUACAAUGACUGCUUACCUAGAGGACUAUCCAGGACUUGUCCAUUUUAUYCAUGUCGAUCGCUCGGGUAACCAUGUGACCGCUCCUUCUUUAAACACUUCACAAGAACAAGAACCCAACACACGUGAUCCUAGUCACGUGAUCAAGCAGAAAAUUUGGGACGCUUGGAACCUAGUUAGCGUGUUUCUUUUACAAGGAAACACAUUCAUUGCUCUGCGUGAUGGUGACUUUCUGUACACGUAUUGUCUAUGGUUUGAGGAUACAUCCGGGAAUGCAGCAACUGUACAGACUUGUUUACCAGUCCUUACUGGUUCACCACCUCCAGGAACGUUAUCUGGAAGAGACAACUUUUACAAGAAUCUUAUCAAGCAGUGUUUUCCAGCAGCACAAGAGGGAUCUAUUCGCUGCUAUGAGAUCCUGUGUAUGCAUGUGGGAUUGGUGCCUAUACGACUUGCCGCUAAACACAUACGAAGACUUGGUAGUGCACUGUUUGAAUCGUCUCUUGGAGCUAAUUAUCCAAUCAGCCUCAUUUAUUAAGACAUGUCCAUGCACUAGCCAAUCAACUGUCUCUUGGAACUCAUUAUCCAAUCAGGCUCAUUCAGUAACGGACAUGGCAUACACUAGCCAAUCAACUGUCUCUUGGACUCAUUAUCCAAUCAGCCUCAUUCAGUAACGACAUGGCAUACACUAGCCAAUCAACUGUCUCUUGGAACUCAUUAUCCAAUCAGCCUCAUUCAGUAACGACAUGGCAUACACUAGCCAAUCAACUGUCUCUUGGAACUCAUUAUCCAAUCAGCCUCAUUCAGUAACGACAUGGCAUACACUAGCCAAUCAACUGUCUCUUGGAACUCAUUAUCCAAUCAGCCUCAUUCAGUAACGACAUGGCAUACACUAGCCAAUCAACUGUCUCUUGGAACUCAUUAUCCAAUCAGCUCCAGCCUCCUUCAAUGACGAAGUCGAAAGUUCACCAGCCAAUCGACGCAGUAGUGGUUCCUAUUGUAUUUUUGCCAAUACGAACAGCUGAAAGUUUUUUUGUCUUAAGGAAAAUGUGUUUUAAUCCUUACAUAUUUUAUCAAUGAACAAGAAAAAAAAUCGUGUAUCAGGCUGUGAAGAAGAUAAAAUCUUGGUCAAAUGAUUCAGUGAAAUGAAUGGCUUUUAAUAAUUGAUGGCUUUCAAAAGCAAUAACCAUCUUGAGAUAUUAUUGAGCUACAACUAAUCGCCCGUCAUCAGCUCCACAAAUUAUUGCUUAUUGAUGAAAUCAAGUCUGCUUCCAAAGACGACGUCAAAAUUAUAGUUUUUAUUGUAAAACAUUGGAUUAUACAAAAGACAAUUUGAUUGUAAUAGAUAUUAUAUAUAAAUUUGUUGUUUAAAAGUAUAGCUAUUUUAAUAUAUUAAAGCUUGCGCAGGGAAUUUCA